AUGCGGAUUCUCUGUCUUCACGGGAAGGGCACCAGUGCCGCCAUUUUCCGAUCGCAGACUUCCUCAUUCCGGGCGCAGCUCGCCGACAAGAACAUUGAAUUUGAUUUUGUAGAUGGCCCACACCUGACUACUGCUGCUGCAGGCGUGGACCUGUUUUAUGAUCCCCCUUACUACGCCUGGUAUGAUGGCGAUGGCCUCGAGACCGUCCGCGAGGCACACAACUGGUUGAAUGAGUACAUCGCCGCGAAUGGCCCCUACGAUGCUGCCAUGAUGUUUUCACAAGGAUGUGUUCUAGGAUCUAGCGCAUUGAUACUCCACCAAGAAGAAACCCCUGACAUGCCACCGCCGUUCAAAGCCGCCAUCUUUAUCUGUGGUGGUGCCUCGCUAAGUGUCCUCGAGGAGAUGGGCUUCCAUGUUUCCGCUGAAGCGCGCGAACGUGAUGCUGCUUCUAGAUCUGCUUUGGUAUUGCAAGCGGGCUCUAUGUCCCUUAUGACAAAGGGAGCGAACCGUUGGACUGGCCUCGGCUCUUUGAGCGAUGGGCUCUCGGAGGAGGAAUUGCGAAACGAGAUUAAGAGUCCCUAUCGCAUUGCUAUCCCUACUGUGCAUAUAUACGGUUCCAAGGAUCCGCGUUAUGCCGCAGGUGUACACUUGUCCGGGGUCUGCGAGCCAGAGAAACGGCGUACUUACGACCACGGUGGUGGGCAUGAGAUUCCUCGGACAGCAGCUGUGAGCAAUUCAAUUGCUAAAUUGGUGCAAUGGGCUCUGGAACAGGCCGAGACCUCGUGA